CCAAAAAUGAAAAAUCUCCUCACUCUCUUCAUCCUUCUUCUGGCCGCCGGAAAAUGGGUUUCCGCCCAAAACUGCGGCUGCAAGCCGCACGAGUGCUGCAGCAAAUACGGCUACUGUGGCGUUGGUGACGACUACUGUGGCGGCGACUGCCAAUCGGGACCGUGCAAGGGGCGAAACGGAGUCAAAUUCGGUGAUAUCGUGACUGAUAAUUUCUUCAAUGGGAUCAUAGCCAGUCAGGGCCAACGCAACUGCCCCGGAAAAGGUUUCUACACUCGCUCCCGAUUUGUCGAUGCCGCAGCGUCGCAGUCAAGCUUUGGUGCCAUCGGCUCGGCCGAUGAUUCUAAGCGCGAGAUCGCUGCCUUUUUUGCCCACGUCGCGCAUGAGAGUGGGCGUAUGUGCUUUAUUGAAGAGGAGGGUGGGAGAUCGAAAAGCUAUUGCGACAAUAGAAAUAAAGACUGGCCAUGUGCGGCCAACAAGCGCUACUAUGGUCGCGGACCGCUGCAGCUGACGUGGAACUACAACUACGGGGCAGCCGGGCAAGCUGUGGGAUUCGACGGACUGAGAAACCCCGAGAUCAUGGCUGAAAAUCCGUCGAUAUCCAUCAAGGCGGCCGUAUGGUUUUGGAUGGAAAAUUGCCACGCGGCUUUUGUUUCGGGUAAUGGGUUUGGCGCCACGAUCCGUGGUAUUAACAGCAUAGAAUGCGAUGGCCGGAGCCCCGCCCAAGUCACCUCUCGGGUCGACUACUACAAGGAGUAUUGUAAGCAGCUCCGAGUCGACCCGGGACCUAAUCUUCGCUGUUAAUCCAAAAGAAUUAAUGACUUUUCUUAUCUAAGCUACAUAUAUAUGUGCACCAUCUCUAAAUUUACACUUAUAAGGCGUUAUAAGGUUGAUGUAUGCUUUUAUCAAUGUAAUAAAUGGUGGACUCAGUUAUGUGUGGAUACGAUAGUGUAUCUGUGUAAAAUAAAACUUGAUGUGUUUGAUUA